CGGUGAACUGAGGUGAAUAAGAAGGGGAGCGAGAAGCGAGUUUUUUAUUUAAACGAGUUCUUUCAGUGAGAGUUUUGACACAAAAGUUGUUGCAACAGUUAACAAACAGUAGUCUCAGGUAGUAUUGCUGUUACUAGGUAACAUACAUAAUUGCCGGACUAGGUGAACAGUGUGUCAGUUAAAAAAUUAUGAAGUUCAUCUUUGUUUUACUUUCUAUCGUAGCUUAUACAUCGGCUACACCGGUUACACAAUGUGAUGAUGAAAAUCCAAUUCAAAAUCUAACUAAAAUGAUUCAAAUAGAAGGAUGCGAUACACUUCCGUGUUUACUUAAAAAAGACACUUUCCUAAAGGUGUCCUUCAAAUUUACACCAGUUAAAAGUGUCAAAGGACUGAAAAACCACGUGACAGCAAAUAUUUUGGGAUCCAAGCUACCUUUCGUCGGUGUAGAUGGUGGUGAUGCAUGUAGUUCUAUAUAUAACGAAAGUGGUACCAAACUUAACAACUGUAACUUGGAAGCUGGUAAAAACUAUUUCUACAAAAAUAGUUUCGAGAUUUUCAAGAUAUACCCCACACUCAAAACUGUUGUUCACUGGUCACUUGUUUCACCCGACGGCCAUGAUGUGACGUGUUUCGAAGUUCUAGUCAAAAUUGUCCCCUAGAUUGAUUUAAAAUUUAAAAUUUUGUAGGUUUAUGAUAAUAAAUUUGAUAUUUUUUUUAAGUGUACUUU